AUGUCAACCACUACAACUCUAAUGACCUUUAUGGUCCGCACUCCGCCGACCACCCGUUCAGUUACCCUGUGGGGCUCUUGGGACAACUUCUCGAUGCCUUAUGCCAUGCUGAGGGAUUCACGCAUUGGACCUGAGCAUUGGUCCGGAUGCCACAACUUCUCUAAUAUCAUAUGUGAUGGCAACCUUACAGGCGAACGACAGCCACGAGAGGGCGGCUUGAAGAUGGGCGGCACAUACUGGUACUAUUACAAGCUCGACGACGACCUCGAGUUCCAUAAUUCCGCUGAGCCAUCUACCACUUAUUGUCCAAUGCUGCCUGGUCAGCUUGUCAACGUCUUGAACGUGCCAGUGGCCCUCAGUGGCAACCGCUCGCGCAACGCAAGCAUCAGCUCUACCAGCUCAGAACGCCGUACUAUGAACCCGCAGGAUAAGUUUGUCAACCCAAGGCCAGUCCCGACCCCACAGCUUCCAAGACUGCAAACUUCACCUUCAUUUCAAACUCAAGAUAACUGGCCACUUUUUACACCCUCAUCCUCGACCUCUUCUAGAAGUGGGCGAUCUGCAACUUCUGGACCCGGCAGUGCUUCGACUGCAAGAUUCCGGUCCAAGUCACCCGGGCUUGCCUUGUCAGGUAGCAUCCGCCAGGCCUUCAGGACCCUCAGACCUACAACAUCACGCAGCCCUGAUGGUAGGAGCCCUCGCUCAGGCAUCCGAUCGCCCUCCGCUGGAGGAAGGGAUCAGCAAAACUUGGCAAGCUCUGCAGGCUCUUCGAGGGAUAUCUCUCCCGUUGCGUCGAGACCUAUGCAUAGGCCUCUGCCUCCCGUUGACCAUGAUCUCAUACUCAGGCGGCCAAUGGUGGGUGCUGAACAGACCACAGAUCCAAUCGAGAUGCCGUCUUUCGAGCAGCAUCGGAGACAGCGCUCGAGGUCUCGCGAACCUUCCUCGCUGCGGAACUCGCUAGUCCUGGAGGGCAGCGCUCCUACCGCUCUCGCGCGUGGCCAGCAGCUAGGCCCGUUAAAAGAGGUCGCAUCGACGCAGAACACUCCUGCAGGCCCCAUAACGGCUAUGAAGGCUGAGGAUAGCGGCAUGGCUGAGCCCGUGGACCUUGGAAAGCGCCUGCCCACCCUCCCGAACACCCCUUCUUCCGCAUAUCCGCCGAGCACCAUCUUUAGCGAGUCAAUCGACAUUAAUGCACUGCAAAGUCAUUUUUCAAGUACGACCAUAGAUACUAGUGUGAGUGAGGAUGACAUAGGCACGCCCGAAUCCGCGCGCUUCUCUGGUUGGUCCGAUGCAGCCGUCUCUGCUGGACAUAGCUCGUACCGGACGGAGAGCUUCAUUGAAGACAGACCAAUGAGCACACUGAUGGGUCUGCGUAUCGUGACGCCGACGAAAGAGCAGAUGCAGACUUGUGCAGAGACUGAGACGGAUUUCGAAGACACCCCACAGCAGCCUCCUCCACCAAGAGGAGUGAUCAAACUAGCUACAGCUGUCAGCAGUUCCACUAUGAGCACCUCAUCAACACCUUCCAUGCCUGCAUCGCCUACCGGAUCGGACCAGGAGGAAUUGCUGGAAACUUCUGCUCUCACGGGCCAGCUCGAUGAAUCCCCCGCACGAUUCCAAUACCAGCAUUACCGUCUUCCAGUCGAUGAUUCCAGUUCUGAGAUCACCCUCAAAUCUCCGCUGGCUAAGCGUGAAGCUGUAAUGGAGGUGCCGCGUGCGUUGCCUUUCAGCUCUCAGGUACCGACAUCGAACAGCAGUGCUGCCCCUAUUGCUCACUCAAUUACUAUGCAGGAAUUGAUGGACGAGCUGAGCUAUCUGGGCGAGGCCAUUCACCAGAGGUGA